GAUGCUGCGACCUACAACAACACUCUGGCACACUCCUUGAUCGGCAAGCCAGAAAUUCGUGGCGAAUCAGGAGAUUGAAUUUAUCGCAGUCCGUGUCCCAGAUCGGAUAUGAGCCGAUUUUCGUGUGCGUCGGGAUGCAAGUUUCAGUUUCAUCUUUGAUGAGCGGAGUAGAAAGAGCGGCGUCUGGCCCCCUGUAGUGCUGUGUCGUCGAGUUGAAGUAUCGUCCCGGUGUUGUUAGGGUAAUACUUCUUAGUCUGUGUGGAAUCUGGUCGAUUGAGCGAUUGCUAUCGGAGUUUGGUUGCGAGUGGGGAAGAAUUCUGAGCGUGGCGGAGUUUCUAGGUGCAUUGUUCGGAACAGUUCAAUAAAUUGAAUCGAACACGAGUGGAUUAGUUUAGUUGAGUCGAAUCGCGGAGCUGAAGACUAUCGGAUCUAAUCCUUAUGAUAUGAGUUCGACGUUCCAGCUGGUGGAUGUAUUGGCAGCUCCAAGAUGCCGACAUCUUAGCUCUCGUAUACACCUCCCAAAGCAUGUCGUCUCUGCUUCGUUAAGACCAUGUCUCCGUGGGUUGUCUUCGCUAGAGGAGCGGACAUGGACAUGUAAACUCCGGGAGAAGGCUCUGAGAACAACGAAGAGAGAGCGAUAUACCAGCGCUUCCGAUGGGCAUACAUGUAUUCGUUGUGAGCAAAAUUUAGCUGAGCAAGGAAGACUUUUGGAGUUCAUAAAUGCUCAUAAUGUCACUAGUGGUUUGUCUGUUGAGGCGUUGCUCAAUGGCAUUGGACAGAAGGGCUCCUCUGCGCCCUCUUCUUUCAACGCUCCGGUUGAGAAUGCCCUAGAAAAAGAAGCAUGGGAUCUGUUGAGAGAAGCCGUGGUGACCUAUUGUGGAGAGCCGGUGGGAACUAUUGCUGCCAAAGACCCGACCGAUCCCAACCCUUUGAAUUAUGAUCAAGUGUUCAUUCGUGACUUCAUCCCAUCUGCUGUCGCGUUCCUGCUCAAGGGAGAAACUGAAAUUGUCAGGAAUUUUCUUCUGCACACCUUGCAGCUACAGAGCUGGGAAAAGACAGUGGAUUGCUACAGCCCGGGUCAAGGAUUGAUGCCAGCAAGCUUUAAGGUCCGAACAGUACACAUAGAUGGCAAUGAAGAGAAUGGAACUGAGGAGAUUUUGGAUCCAGAUUUUGGGGAAGCAGCCAUUGGUCGCGUUGCUCCAGUCGAUUCUGGGCUCUGGUGGAUCAUUCUUUUGCGGGCGUAUGGCAAGUGCACAGGUGACAAGUCUGUCCAGGAAAGGGUGGAUGUUCAGACAGGCAUAAAAAUGAUAUUAAAAGUCUGUCUAGCAGACGGUUUCGAUAUGUUUCCAACUCUGCUGGUGACCGAUGGCUCUUGUAUGAUUGAUCGCCGCAUGGGUAUUCAUGGGCAUCCCCUUGAAAUUCAGGCUCUCUUUUAUCAUGCCUUGCGAUGUGCUCGAGAGAUCCUCUUACCAGAGGAAGGAGCGCAAGAUCUUAUUCGUCAAAUUAACUCAAGGCUGGCCGCAUUGUCUUUCCAUAUCCAAGAGUACUAUUGGUUAGACAUCGUUAAGUUAAAUGAGAUCUACCGGUACAAGACCGAGGAGUAUUCUACUGAAGCUGUUAACAAGUUCAACAUAUACCCAGAGCAGGUGUCGCAGUGGUUGCUGGACUGGCUGCCCGAAAGUGGAGGUUAUUUUAUUGGCAAUCUACAACCUGCACACAUGGAUUUUCGAUGGUUCACUCUGGGUAAUAUGUGGUCUAUUUGCGGUGGCUUGGCUACCCCGAAGCAAUCUGAAAAUAUUUUGAGGCUUGUGGAAUCGAAGUGGCAGGACCUUGUAGCAACAAUGCCAAUAAAGAUUUGUUUUCCUGCUCUUACGGAUGAAGAGUGGCGCAUCAUCACGGGUGCUGACCCUAAGAAUACGGCUUGGUCUUAUCACAAUGGAGGUUCCUGGCCAACUCUUCUUUGGCAAUUCACUGUAGCAUGCAUUAAGAUGAACCGUGCCGAUCUUGCAGAGAGGGCUGUGGAAAUCGCAGAGAAGCGCUUGUCACGCGACAGGUGGCCUGAAUAUUAUGACACAAAGAAGGGUCGCUUUAUUGGAAAACAGGCUCGUCUGUAUCAAACGUGGUCGAUCGCUGGUUUCCUCACCGCAAAAUUGAUGCUUAAAAACCCUAACGCUGCGAGUUGGCUCACUUGUGAUGAAGAUGAAACUUACGCCAUCUUCCGUGAAGCAAAUCCUCAGAAGCGGAAGUUCAAAGCGUCACCCAAGAUUUUUGUUGUAUAGUUGUAUAUUUUUUGAAAGGGUGAACUAGAUAGACAUUGAUAUUUGAUUGGGCAUUCUUUUACUCGAUUUUUUUGGAGCUCUAUUUUGAGUAGCCACAGGCCUUAGAGACACUCAAUCUUUGAGUACUCUGAGCAGGCAGGCUCGUUGAGCUCCUGCCUUGCGGGCAUUCUUCAAGUCAUGGUAGUUCUGCCCAUGUAUUUUUCAUGGAUUCUUUGAAGUAGGACAGAUUUGGAACAUUACAGAUAAACACUGACUAUUGGUGUUGCAUUACUUUAGUGGUUCGGCCGUAGAGUGAGGCCAGCAAGGCCACAUAUAUGCAUCGCGAAUAACAUACCGUCGAUUCCUGCCUUCAAGUCGGGACCAUGCAAGCCAUCGCGAAAACUUUGGCCGUACCAAGUUGCACCACUCCAAUGGCAACCAAGCGCUACUUUCCCGAUUCGGAGGACCUCGAAACCAUUGAGGGUGGACGACAUAAAUCUGCCACCUAUUUUCCCGCAUAUGUGUUUAUUUAGCUAUACUGCAGAAGCUUCUUCGAACAUUGCUAAAGGUUAUGUGUGUUCAGUAAGGAAUGUUCCUGUUUCAAGACUAUAUGGGAUAAUAAAGGUUGCAUGAUCCUUAUAACGAGUA